AGAAAAUGCAUUUCAUCUCAAUUUCUCAAUAAUGCAAUGCCUGUUCUUCAACUUGAGAAACGAUCUCUCUCUCCAACUUCAAAUCAAGUCUCAGUUUACUUUUACUCACCGGUGAAUGCAUGCCAUUGCUUACCUUACAUAUAAUUUUGUACGUGUGUAGUACUUUGUUUAUUUAGUAAAGUCAAGAAAAGGGUGGGCUUCACAUGUCAACUUAACUCGUGUACAGGUUCAUUUUAUGGGUUCAGAUACAUGUGUAUAUAUUCACAUGAAAAUUUUCAUGCUUGAAUUUUUCAUGAACAAAAUCGUGGGUUGGAUUUUUUAUUUAAACGUGAUUUUUUAUAGAACAGCUCAGAAGAUUUUUUUAGAACAGGUAAAUUUUCUUGAUAGCAAAAUCCUAGUUUUAUGUACAGUAUCUUUUCAUAUGUAUUUAGUUGUAUUUCAUAUGUUUUUAAUAAAUUGGUAAAAUCCAGUUAAAAUAGACAUAUUUUUUUUACAAAAUCAUAUUUUUGUGCCUACAUCUGUGCGGUUUGCAGAAACAAAAUGUAUUUAUAAAGAAAAUCCAUACCUAUAUAUAAUGGAAAUGCAAAAAAUGCAUUUAUUACAAUGCUAGCGUGCCUAAGAUACCAUUGUUAACAAAAUUGUUAAAUCAAACAAAAUAAGCAAAGUUAAUAAAAAAGAUACCGGAAGUAAACCAAUUAAAAAAAACAUUUGUGUUUUGCUACAAUUUCUUUUUUGCAUUAAACCAAUUCGAAAAUAAUAAUGCCUCGUCGUAAAGAGAAAGAUUCCAAGAUUCGUGCGACUUGGGUGGAUGGGGCUGCCUCGUCGUACCGUAGUUUAUUGCAACAUGCCCCACCACUCCCCCCAGAACCACCUCAACUGGACGGUGAAGUCCUGCCGGGUGUGCCCCUCUUUUCACCGGUCCUUCGCCCAGGUCAUUAUGACCACAUCGCGUCCUCACUCGUCCCACAGAGCGCGGAGAAGGACACCAUUCCCCGACACGCGCUGGAAAAGAGCUCCUCUUCCUUUCUUAAUGACAUCGAAACCCCACCGUCAACUCCGUCGGAAGAAGAGGCUGGAACGCUGGGAAUCCAUAUUUUGUGCAUCGGUAAAAAGAAGCAUCACGUCGACGGAAGACUGCGCCAUAGAAGGCUGGCAAAAAUCUUUGCAAAUAAAAUGCUAGUGUUGGUCAUUUGGAUGAAUAUUCCUUGUCUCGUGCUCCAGUUGAUGUACGCAUUUUACCACAAAUUACGAAUCGCGAUCCUGCUCGACUACACUGCCAGCGGCAUCGUGUUCCUCUCGUUGAUAGUGUUUUCCCUGAUUUUGAACUAUUUUACCGGCCUGGCCCGCAACACUCCGUACCACUUUUUCCUCAUCCUGGUCAAGUCGGUCGUGUGGGGCUGGAACUACCUCCUCGCCGGCGCCCUCGUCGAAUACCUCUACAUCCAGAAAAAGAUUAGCGACCACUUCGAUUCGGAGCAUGAACACACUGGAGAAACACCGGAACAGGAAGAACGUGUCAAGAGCCAAUUAUAUCACGAAUUCGUCACGAAAGAAUUUUUUGAUGAUGAUGGCGAAGAACAUGACGAGGAACUCAAGGCCCAAAAUAUGUUCUUCAUGUUUGGCAUUGCGUAUUUUAUCUGUCUCAUGAUUUCUAUCCGGAUUUUAGGAAGGUUUGCGAAGCUCAACUACUUCGGUCCCAUCGUCCCCUUUAUCACGUACACGACAACCUUCCUCAUCAUUCUGGUCGCAACGAUAGCGAUUUUGGCGACUGGUCGCGUGUUUGGCGAAGGUGAGGGCGAAGAUGAAAAUAAGCUGUGGAUGGUGAUUCAAGCGACAUGCGGACCUUUGAUAGGCUGCGUUAUGGCGGAGUUAUUCACCAUCUAUUUGCAAGCAUUACUGGGAGGAAAGUUAUGUCCAUUGAAGAGGGAGGAAUAUCUGUAUGCGGCGGCGCAUUAUUAAAUUUUGAAGUGAUUUUAUUGUGACAGAAUUUUGCAGAAAUUAGGUAAAUAGGAUAAGAAAUAAAAUGUAAUUUCAAACAGUUUAUUGUCUUCUCUAUUUGUAAACUUAUGCAACAAAAAAUUUGAAUCUUGCAAACUAAUUAUCUAUUAUUGGAUUAUUUUUUGGUUUACCAUCGGUGAGGUGAAGCAAGUAAAUAAGUUUGCAAAAGAAAUAAACGCAUUUCGCUAAAAUCA